CCGGCCGGUGAUUCUGUGAUAGACGAUGGCUGUACCAGGACCUCCUCUGCUCCUCUUUCUGUCCCUGCUGCUGCCGCUGCUGUUGAGCAAGGCAUCUCUGCCAGCAGAUGCAUACACACUCAUCCCCGGACGACAGCCACAGCACAAGCUCCUCCACCUGGACUGGCCUAAGGAUUGUGGUAUGGCUCACUUUAAGCCCAACAUGGCUGAGAGGAUUGUCUCUGGUAACGAGGCCAGACCUCACUCUUGGCCCUGGCAGGUCUCUCUGCAGGUUCGUCCCAGGGGAAGUAAACAUUACAUUCAUGUCUGUGGAGGAACUCUCAUCCACAAGAACUGGGUCCUUACGGCUGCUCACUGCUUCCAAAAGGGUAAAGCUGAGGAUGCUGGGAGCUGGAGGAUCGUCCUGGGGAAGCACCAGCUGAAGCGCUCAGAGACGGCAGAGAGAAUUUUCCCCGUGAAGAGAAUCUACCGGCAUGAGAACUUCCGUUACCCGACUCACAGCGAGCUGGACUACGACAUCGCCCUGGUGAAGGCUGCCACAGAUAUCGUCCCAUCAAACUUCAUCCGCUACGCCUGCCUGCCAAGCAAGCAGACCAGCCUCAAUCCGGGACACUACUGCUGGGUCACAGGCUGGGGAGACACCCGGGGUGGGAAGGAGAAUGUGUCUCUGGCAGAAGCCCUGAAUCAAGCCCGCCUGCCCAUCAUUGACUUCAAGACCUGCCGGCAGAAGAAAUUCUGGGGCGAUCGUGUCCGAGACUCGAUGAUCUGUGCCGGGUUCAGGGACACUGAGGGCCCACCUGCUGCAUGCCAGGGUGACUCUGGUGGUCCUCUGCUGUGCCAGCAGGGGCAGGAUCGCUGGGAGGUGCACGGCGUUGUGAGCUUCGGCCCGAUUGGCUGCACCGUGGAGAAUAAACCCAGCGUUUUCACCCGCACCGCAGCCUACAUCCACUGGAUCGAGGCAACACGCAUCAGGGACUUCUUCCUUCACUGAGUGGGCCGCCUGACUCAUCGCUGACAGCAAACAUAAGCUCUGCUCCGUUUCAUGUCUACAGACAACUACAAUCUGUUUUUCCUAAAAGUCUCACUGCAACAGUUCAUUCAACAAGAAGUAAAUACGUGUUCUGAAUGUGAAAUUAUUGUUUUCUUACACAUCAUUUUUUAAAGUCUUCACUAUGCACUGCUCUGAUUUUAAACAGCAGAAAGUUGAGGCAGAGCACUGCAUAGUAUACACUACUCAUGACAUCUACAUUUGAGCAAUAAAAUUGGUUAAAAGCAAAAA